AUGGCGAACGCGGAGGAACAGUACAAGCUCUCGCAGGAGCAAAUCGACUUCUUCCUAGAAAAUGGGUGGCUGAAGUUGAGCAACUGCUUCACGAGAGAGCAAGCAGAUGGUCUACAAGAAACACUCUGGACCAGGUUGGGAAUGGAUCCUAAUGAUAUGUCGACAUGGCAUACUGAGCGAACGAAUAUGCCUUUCUUUAAUGAAUUCUCCGUAGAAGAGUUCGCGCCGAAAGCCUGGGCAGGAAUCUGCAAUCUCGUUGGCGGCAGCGAUCGCGUCGAUUCCAAUGCAUCAACGUGGAAAGACGGUUUUAUUGUGAAUCUUGGAACAAACGAGGGUCAUAACAAGGUUGUUCGGCCGCAAGAUCUUCCUGGUUGGCACGUGGACGGCGACUUCUUUGUGCAUUACCUCGAUUCGCCUGAGCAAGCGCUGUUGGUCAUUCCGUUGUGGACAGAUAUUGUCGCUGGCGGCGGUGGAACAUAUAUCUGCCCAGGAGCCAUUCCAACGGUGGCGAAGCACCUGUACGAGAAUCCUGAGGGAGUCAGCCCAAGGAUGACGCCACGAGCGCAGAAUCCAGAGUUUGUGCAAGAACAAGGGCUGAAGUGGUUCAACGAUCUUGCUGCUAGUAUGCCCGAUGAAGCUUUCGUCGAAGCUACUGGUGUAGUCGGUGACGUCUACCUUCUACAUCCGCUGAUGCUGCACUCCGCCUCCAACAACCAGCUUCGAAAGGUCCGCGUCAUUACCAACCCGCCAGUAUCGGUCAAAGAACCCUUUGUAUUUGACCGUGCGGAUGGAAAUUACAGCGCGGUGGAGCGCAAGACAUUGAAGGCGCUAGGCAAGGACAGAAUUGAAGGUUUCAAGAUCACUGGAAAGAGGCAACAGGUCAUUCCUGAGCGUGUAAGGAUCCAGGAAGAGAUGAAGAGAAAGGAAGAAGAGCGGUUGCGUAAGCUGGAGGAAAGAGCGGGAAUUGACGAAGCGAGUCAGAGGGUUGCUACUGCUGCGUGA